AUGAGUCCUUUGACACUAGAGGAAGCACUUAGCCAGGCCAUCCGUAAGGGUGUAAAUCUGGUGGUCAGGCAUGUUGUUGAUGCUUCGACUCCAUGUCCACCGAUUUUCUCACCUCCGCUAGGUGAACCUGAUGAGCCAACUAUAUGCAAACGGCAUUUCCUAGCUGUCUCAAUCAAUCCAGACUAUGAGAAAGGAACAGGCCAACAGACGGAGAGUGGAAAUGCCUUAGAUGACAAUGAGCUGCUUGUCUUUGCAAUUGAGGUGCUGGUAUACACAACAGACAAGUUAUCAACUCUCUUUGUGUCUAAAGCUGAUUCUACCGGCUAUCUCUCUCUCUUAAACCAUGAUCCAAACUCACCAGCAGCAUACUCAUUGACUAGGAAUGUCUUAAGCACAUUUUUAUACCAUCUUGUUCGCAUUUACCAGAAGCCUGACAUAACCCUUGUUCUCUCCCUAUUCGCACGAGCUCAGGAUCAAUACCUCUUCCCAGGAAGCUCAGAGAACAAGGGGAAACAUAUUCUGGAUGAUCGGGGGCUGAUAAAAUGGUGGUGCCGUGUGAUUGACCCUAUUAUGCAAUCCAUAGAGCGAGAAAGUGAUCACAGUCAAUCCAGGCCUCCUACCCCUACCUCCCCCGCACAACAUGUUACGGCACAUCUUAUCGUCCCCGGCUGUGAUACAUUUGAGACAAGAAAUUUUCUCCCAGAAAGAGAAAGGGCCAUUAAUAAUCCUGGCAGCCACUGGAGACUUAAUUAUCCUCUCCACCAAAUUUGUUCCUAUCCCGAUGCGCCUCCACGGUGUCUAGUUCCUCGGUUCCCUGAUGACCCCAAAGCGCGGUUUCUAAUUGACCUCGAUGACGAAAUAACUGAUGAAAACCCCCCUCAUAACUUGAAAAACUCUGGGCGAUGGCAUAGCGUGAAAACUCUCGACCAAUUCUGGGAAAUGAUGUCGUAUCGUCAGGAGUGCUCAGCUGGGAGGCUAGUUGGAUUCCUUUGGAUGGUUGUCAAACCUUCACCUGUCACCAUCAACGCGAGCUCGGGACAAGCAUCUACCGAAGCCAAUUUAGCAACCCAGAGUCAAACCACCAAUAUCGACCAAGAGACAGAGGAAAAAGAUGUUAACAAAAAUUCGCUGAAGACCACUACAAAUGUUGAUGACUCAAUAAUUCAGAUCAGCAACAGUGAUUAUAAAGCUCUCGCAGACUAUCUUCUAGAUUUCGAUUUUUCCAACCAAGAGGACUCCACCGUGAACACAAAGCUAUGGAUUGAAAAGCUUUCUUCUUUGAGUGGGUGCGGCAACAGAGGCUUGAGAAUCGUUGGGAAAGCACCCAUACCCGGAUCACAACCACCAGCUUCCACUGCGGGACCCAGAGUGGCCACAAAUGUACUCAGGGAUGGGCUGGUUCGGAAAAGAAAAAGACAACCUAGCACAAACUCCAUAGUCUUGGGUGAAAGUACAAACGCGCCUCCUCAUGCAGCGUCCACCCAAGUAGUAUCAGAAGGCUCGAAACCAACUGAGCAGGAUACGAAUACCGGAACCCAAGGACAGCCGGCGCCCAGCGCACCUUCUGUGAAUGUUCUAGCUGGUAAUCUAAUACGAAAAAAGAAGAAAUGA